AUGGGCAUUCCAUCAUCUCUACCCACAAACCCUAACCCCAGUCCCAGUCCGCCGCUCCCUCAGUCACCACCACGGCAAACGCCGCCGUUACCUCAGUCACCACCACCGCAAACGCCGCCGUUACCUCAAUCGCCACCACCUCAAUUACCGCCACUACCCCCAGGCCAAACACCACCUCUCAUUCCGCCGACCCCCCUUUCGCCACAAACUGAGCCGCAAAAUGAGACACCUAUUUUCGACACUCAGUUCCCAGAACCAAUGCCUGAACCUGAGCCUACACAAACGAAGUCUAAAGGUAAAACUAAAAAGGCUGCAGGUAGAGCCAAGAAAACCCCUGUCGGAAAACGAAAAAGAGCACCCUCUGUUCCCUUCGACCUAAACUCUCCACCUCAACCUUCCUCUGAACCAGUCAGCAAAAGGACUAGGUCUUCCUCGCAAAUUCCACCACCAGCGGUCCAAACACCUGUAUCUCAGUCACCCUUAAACUCUCCAGCAGCACCUGCGUCAUCUGCUAAUGACAUAGAGGAGAUUCGGGCUAUAAAAAUAUUGAGUGGCAGCAAACUGUUUAUGACCCUGUUCAAUUCUGGAAAGAUAUUGCACCUUUUGGGGGUUAUUAUAGACAGAGGACUGCAAAAGCCUCUAGGAUAG